GCUGCCGCCGCCGCGCCGCAGCCGCCACUCGCCCGCCGCCCACUAUGGCCCCGCAGCAAACAGGUAGCAGGAAGCGGAAAGCAACCGCGAUCCAGGCGGGCGCCGCAACCUCGUCGUCUCAGAUCUCCGCGGCGGCUGACGGAGAGGGGCCGCUGCUGCCCAAGAAGCAGAAGCGGCCGGCAACUAGGCGCUCGCUGGUCCACUACCUGAAGGGCCGCGAGGUGGGCGCAUGGGGCGGCGCCGGGCUCUCGGGCUCAGAGGGCGAGCUGCGAGGCUGUGCGGUGCAGAAGCUGCCUGAGCUGUUGAGGGAGCGCGAGCUGGCCCUGGGCACCCUCAACAAGGUGUUCGCGUCGCAGUGGCUGAACGCCAGGCAGGUGGUGUGUGGCACCAAGUGUAACACCCUCUUCGUGGUGGAUGUGCACUCGGGUCAGAUCACGCGCAUCCCCCUGAUGCGGGAUCGGGGGGCCUGGUUGGCCCGGGCUCAGCCGACCUGCGGUAUCCACGCCAUCGAGCUGAAUCCCUCCAAGACGCUUCUGGCCACUGGGGGUGAGAAUCCCAACAGCCUGGCUAUCUACCAGCUGCCCACCCUGGACCCCGUGUGCCUGGGCGACCGCCAUGGCCACAAGGACUGGAUCUUCACCAUCGUCUGGAUGAGUGACACAGUAGCUGUGAGCGGCUCCCGUGACGGCACAGUGGCGCUGUGGCGGAUGGAUCCUGACAUGUUCAAUGGCAGCAUCGCUUGGCACAAUGACGCUGGUCUCCCUGUGUACGCCCACAUACGUCCGAGGGACAUGGAGACCAUCCCCAGGUCCAGCACCAGCCCCAGUAACCGCAAGGUGCGGGCUCUGGCCUUCAGCGGCAAGAACCAGGAGCUGGGAGCGGUGUCCCUGGACGGCUACUUCCACCUGUGGAAAGCACGCAGCACUCUGUCCAGGCUGUUGUCCAUCAGGCUGCCCUACUGCCGAGAGAACGUGUGCCUGACGUACUGUGAUGAGUUGUCCCUGUACGCGGUGGGCUCCCAGUCCCAUGUCUCCUUCUUAGAUCCACGCCAACGUCAGCAGAAUAUCCGGCCCCUGUGCUCCCGAGAGGGCGGCACAGGUGUGCGCUCGCUGAGUUUCUACCAGCACAUCAUCACCGUGGGCACAGGCCAUGGCUCCCUGCUCUUCUAUGACAUCCGUGCCCAGAAGUUCCUGGAGGAGAGGGCCUCAACCAGCCCGGACGCCUCUCCUGGGCCCUCAGGAAGGAAGCUCAAACUCACCUGUGGCAGAGGCUGGCUCAACCACGAUGACCUGUGGGUGAACUACUUUGGUGGGAUUGGCGAGUUCCCCAACGCACUCUACACCCACUGCUACAACUGGCCUGAGAUGAAGCUCUUUGUGGCUGGGGGACCUCUCCCUUCAGGCCUCCAUGGGAACUACGCAGGCCUCUGGAGCUAAGGAUGGCUGCUGUGUUUUCAAAGUGCCCAGAUUUACCUUCCAGUCCCCUCUCACUUUCCUUCCUCAUGCUGCGUUUGUGCUUUUUAACUCAGUGUGAUGUUUGUCUUGCAGGUGGAAGUUCAAUUUAUCUGUCCGUAGUGUAAGAGAGAGAGAGCGAGAGAGAGAGCGAGAAAGUGAUCCUUGGGCAAUCAAAACUUGUCUUUAGGAUUUUCCUGUACCCUCCACCCCGACACAACCAUCUUUUUUGCCUUCUCUUACAAAGAAUUUUGUCUAAUCCUUAAUUGUGUUCUCUGAGUGGUUGGCAUAUGCUUUUUCUUUAGGCUGAUGUAGACAUGGUUCCCACUACAAUUUAACUUCACUUUUACCAGUAUU